AUGGAUACAAAGAAGCCAAGAAUGAAGAAAGAACAGCAACAAUAUUUAUUAAACUUCUUGAUGAGGAAUUCGGAAACGGUUAACAGGACUCCACAGCCCAUUGUUGAUGUUCUGGAUCCUCAUGUUAAACAAAACAUAGUCAUGGUUUUGGAUGAUACUCAACUGCCAAAGCCCAAGCAGACGUUGAUUUUAGACGCAGUAACAGUUGAUAUACAUUCAGACACUGAAGAAGAGCCCCCGAAGGAAGCGGCUAUGGUGGACGCGUUGACACCGACGGCGAGUCACGAUGGGGCGACUGUCGUCACUUCAAUGGCGACGGACGCGUCAUCAAUACCGACAGCAUCUCGUGUUGGUCGAAUUGCGGUAGACGCGUUGAUGAUGCCAGCGGCAAAUAGGGAUCUGGCGACGAUCGGUUGCAGUCGUGAACGUGAACAGAACGUGAACGCGUCGAGCAACGCCCCGUACGCUCGUGCCGCCAGCCGAUUCAGCCACCCCGCAAGAAGAUGCCAUGAUAGCGGCUUUAAGGGAGGGAGCCCAAGCGCAGAUGGCGCUCGCCAAUGCGCAAACAGAGGCCGCUUGGUAUCUUGGCGAUUGCAUAAUGCGUGCCGCUACCAUGUUCGUCGAAGCGAUCAAUAA